AUGGCAGCAAAAAUGGGCUGCUUAAAUAAAAAUUCAUCAUCAUCAUUAUCAUCAUCUCCAAACAGCACUCAGGCAAUGGACUGGAACUACUACAACUGGUGCACAGAUUACCACAAUACAUUUGUCAUCUUCUCAGCAAUAUCAGUUGUGUGUUUCCUCUUUGGAUUUCCAGUCAAUCUGUGGAUCGUACAGCACAAUCUCCAGAGGAAGAAACAAAAAGGCCCUAUCCCCGUGCUCAGCCUGUCUGUUAUCAAUCUGACUUUCCUAGCUCAGAUUCCAUUCUGUCUUUGUAACUUCUUGCAAUGGCAUAUUAGGGAGUUGCAAAUAUUUUUUCUCUUUAUCUGCAGCAUAAAUGUAAAUAGCAAACCCUUAAUCGCGGCUUUCAUUUGUUGGCAUCGUUACGUUGCUGUAGUUCAUCCCAUAGUCUACAAAACCAGUAAGAAGCUCCAUGUGGUAAGAAAGGCAAUAAUAAUAACAAUCUGUUUAAUUAUAGUAGGUUGUGGAUUAGUUGAAGCCACUUUAACAUGGUUAUCUACUCCUUUUUUUGCCAUUCCUUUAAUCGUGUCACUACCAGUUAUCAUUUUCUGUAAUAUUUCCGUAAUUUUUACCUUAAGAAAACCAGAUCCAACAGGGAAAAUAAAUAUCUAUCCACAAAAGAAACAAGCUCUUCAAACCAUCUUCAUCAGCUUCAUUAUACUAUUUGUUGUCUACUUGCCAACAUUUAGCAUUUCUGUAUUCGGACAGCUGAUGGUGUUUUCAGAACCAGAACUAUUUUGCGGUUUAGACUGCUCUAGUCUUUGUUUUUCCACUGCUGUAUGUGCCAUUAUCCCUUAUCUAUACCUCGUCAAAGUGAGUAAACUAGACAUUCUUAUGAAUUGGUGCAGGAAGUGA